CGCUGUCGCGCACUGCUCCCAGCUAGCACAAGCAAACGCUACACUUCUUACUUCAUGCAUGAUGCCGCUGAACACAUAGAUGAGUAUCAGCACUGUUUCAGCAUAGUUUUUUUGUAAAAACAUAUUUUCCAAGCUAAUAAACAACUUCUCGUAUGUGCAGCAGUGGCCAUUCUUUUCAAGAUGGACAACCGACUGUUAGCUACCAAGCUAAUGUAACAUAACGUUUAACGAUAAGUUUUGUACGCUAGGUUAGCUAACGGACCUGUGGAUAAACUGUAACGUACACACGGACAGACAACAUGGCAGAAUCAUUGUCAGGGGUUAAUGUUGUUCUGGUUAUGGCCUAUGGAAGCUUGGUGUUCGUGCUGCUGUUUAUCUUCGUCAAAAGGCAAAUCAUGCGUUUCGCAAUGAGAUCCCGCAGAGGACCCCAUGCACCCAUUGGCCACAACGCACCAAAGGGUCUGAGGGAGGAGAUUGACUCCAUGCUGUCCAAGGUCCACGAGAUCCGCUUCGAACCUCGUCUCAUAUCAGAGGAAGACGACAGGCUGGAGCAGGAAUCACAAAUCAGUUGCUACAACUACCUGUACAGAAUGAAAGCUCUGGAUGCCAUCCGUGACUCAGGUGAGAAGUCAAACGUGAUGCUCGGACUCACUGAUUUUGCAGGGAUUCCUCUGCAGGAGAUAAGCCGAUCUCCCAGUGCGUUCACUGGACGCAACUUCAGGAACUGGCUGCUGGAGUUGCGCAACUCCCACUCUCUGAUCAAGAGCAGCCGCAGCCCGCUCAUUGACCGCUUACUCGAAGGCUACGACAGCGCUCGCCAUGGGACUGGGGUGUUUGGGGAAGCUGAGUUUGUCGAAUACCAGCAAGCUCUCAACGAACUGGCUGAUGUGGUGAAAGCCUAUUCCAGCACCACCAGCCUGGACCAGCACCAUCAGUCCGCAGCCAAGGACCUGACAGGCUCUCCUGUCCGGAGCACUCCCUCCACCAUCCAGGUCACCUACCUGCCCUCCACUGGCCAGCGCAGCAAGAGGCCUAAACACUUUCUGGAGCUCAAAAGUUUCAAAGACAACUACAACACCUUGGAGAGCACCCUGUGAGAGAUCGCUGCUACAGCUGACUGUCGCAAAAUGUUUGUGUGGACAAACGGCUGCAACAGCCUGCUGGAGAACAUAAAGUUGUAAUGUACUGUAAUUUUGUUUUCAAGUUGAGCUUUAAAAUGCACCCACUAAUUGAGUUGGGAAAACUUCUCCUUUCCGUAAGGUACACAAUUUUUCAGAUAAUUUCAAAGAACUGUCUCUUUUUAUAACAAUUGUUAGAAUCUUGCAGUCACAAGGUGUUUUUUUUCCCCUCUCAUUUCACCCAAGGCCUUAGUUUGUAUUUUGGAACUAAUGAACAUGUCCAGAGGACAAAUAUGAUUGUAGCCCACAUGGCAAGGUUUGCAUUGUCAUUUUUUUUAAAACAGCAAAGUUAAUGGCAAGUCAACUGGAUUUGUUCAAAAUGUCCAAAUGUAAAUAUGAGUGUUUUGAUUUACUGUGUUUGUGCAUAUGUAAGAUAUUUAUACGGACCAUCAUAACUUAUUUCAUUGAUAUUGUGCGAUUUGUAUUUAUGUGUGGUUGAACUCUGAGAUAAAAGCUUUGCAACUCA